GCGCACUUGUACAGUUUUCCGGGGUGAAAAAGCAGUCUUACCGGAGGAAGUAACCAGCGCAGUUUCACAGCUCUUCCUGGUGAAAGUUCGUUACACGCGGUAACUGAGCCGAAAAAUUACCGGACUUCAACUUUUCGCACCUGAGGACAGACUUUGGGAAGAAAAAGAAAAAUGGCAGACAGCGAGGAGCAGCAAGUCUCUUCCACCACUUCUCUGUUCAGCGAGGGGGUGCACCACUACCAGGCCGAACCGGACCCCGAGCCGGACCGGCUCAAACAAGACCUCUUCAGCGUGGAUGACAUCGUGGACUUGGUCGGCGGGGCUCAGGACGCUCUGGAGAGGCACAUUGCUGAAGAUACUGCGCCACACGAGGUCACAGACACUUCCUCCGCUUCCCCAGCGGCGCCGGUAACGGUACUGGAGCCAGAUCCUGUGUCGGUGCCAGAGGUGAAGGAACCGGAACCGAAGCCUGAGAUGGAGAAGGAGAUCCCGGACUCCACCACAUUUGCUUUUGUUCCUGAGACCCCCCUAAUCGUAGAGGAGCCACAAGUCGUCGCCCCUAAAGCCGAACCGGAAAGUACGUUUGUACUGGAGCAACCGGCCGCCCCCGAGCCAGAACCUGCCCCAGCGAGCGACGCCCUCCCAGCGGCUGAAUCCCGGAAAGCAGCCCCAGCCCCCGCAGAGGCAGCAGAGCGACCUGCGGUGACGGAGGAUUCACCGGCUCCUGCAUCUUAUGUAUCUUCUCCUUCUAAAGCUCAGCCUCAUCCUCUGAUGCAAUUCCCUACAGCACUUGGGCAGAAGGGUGAUUCCCCUGCUCCCAUCUCUCCUCUCUCCCCUCUUCACUCCCCCGACUCUCUGGAGGAGCUCUCUCUGACCGAGAGUCCCAACCAGCCCCCCGCUUCUGGAUCUUCUGCACUCUUGGGCUCCUUCUCCACUGAACCCCCUACUACUCAUUCCAAGGACAUGCCUUGGGAGGGUGAAGAGGGUGACUCUGGACCAGGCCAUAGUAAGAAUAAGGAAGACCUUCUAGAUCCAUUAGCUGGUCCUUACCUGAGUUUAGGGAAAGACCCAGGGCCUCAUAAUCCGUGUGAAGACAGCGGAGUUUCCUUUUCACCUGAGGAGAAGCUGAUUAGUUCAGACAGGUCAUCCACUGGCCCCUCCCCCGUGAACCCCCAGAUGAUGGUCCCUGAGUCUGACCUUGCCUCCUCUAACCCAACAGAGCACUGGGAUUCACCAUUCCUAGCAUCUCAAGACAACUCCAAGGUCUCCAUGGAUAGCUUCUCCAAGGACAUGGCCCACUUAAGCUCUUCCAAGUUUGAGCCGGACCUGCACGACAACCAGUCUGAUGAAGAUGAUGACUUGAUGUAUGAGGUGAAGAAGACCAAUAACCCAUUUGAAGGUUAUUCCCCACUGGCGGAUAGCGGCUACUCCCAAUUUGGAGACUCAAAGUCCGACAGCAGAGCCUCCAAAAUGUCAGAGAGUCCCACUCCAGAUCUGGUCCAGUACGGGCAGACUGGAGAAUUCCAUGACAGCCCACCAUCUUUUAUAGACGAGGGGAACACAUUUGAGACCGGCAAGAUGGCAACUGACUCGCUCAUGCAGUCAGUGAAUCAGUUAUCAUCUGGUAAUAAGGACGAGGAAGAGGAAGAGGAGGAUUCUUCUCUGCCACCAUCGCUUCCAGACAUCCUGAAGUCUUCCCCACUCAACCCUGAGAAAAUGGACUCCGGUUCCUCGGAGGGAAGCCCGGAGGAGCAGAGUCCCAUCCUCGAGCGGAGGAUGAUGGAGUCGCCCAACCCUCCAAUCAAUCUGUCGGCCAACAACCCAUUUGCUUUUGAUGCUAAAGUGUCCCUGCUGAAGGAGAUGGCUGAGGAGAUGGAAGUUAGAGCUGCAGACAAAGCAAAAGUUGAAGAUGAUAUAAGCUUUGGUGCAUUUGAUCUCGUCAAAGAAGCCGAGGAAACCACUCCAACUAAGGUCAAGGAAGAGGAACCCGUCCAGAUCGAGCAGAAAGAUUGGUUCUCGAGCCAUGAUUCUCCCAAAAUGGCCGAGAAGUUUGAGCCACUUGACUUCCAGAGCAAAAAGACACCCGCUGAGGAUUCAGAUUCAGAGUCACCCACAGCAGACUCUCUGUCUCCAGUCCUGGAAGCCAUGGCCAAAAACCCCGCCAGCUUCCAGGUGGAAACAGAGAAAAAGGACCUAAAGAUGGAGGUGGAGGAACCGGAGGUGGCUGAGGAGGUCUCUGAGCAUGAAGUGUCCUCUGAGGAGUUCGAGUUCAUCGAGCGACCACCAAGGGGCGUUAUUGAUGAGUUUCUCGAGGCUCUGGAUACGUCCAAGUUUGCGUCCUCCAAGGCCCCAGAACUCCCCAUGGAUGAUGAUCUCAGCUGUGAUCAGAAAUAUGUGGCUCCAGUUUCUGCUCCGCCUCCAACAACAGUAGCCCCGCCCCCAGAUGUUGAAGAAGAGGCUCCAAGUCCAAGCUCCUAUUGCCUCCUCACACAGGCCUCCCCCCUGAAGAGCAAGGCUGAGCUGGAGAAGCUUGACAUCCAGCAGCCCCCACCCUCAGCUCCACUCACCCAUUCCCCCGUCCACCAACCAGAGGAGCCAGUCGCCAAGAAGAGUGCGGAGGGCGGGAAAGUGUUUAAGAUGCCAAACCUGAACAUAAGAGCAGUGGUGGAGCUCCUCUACUGGCGUGAUGUGAAGACCACAGGCGUGGUGUUUGGCGCCGCCCUGCUGCUGCUCCUCUCCCUGACGGUGUGCAGCAUUGUGAGCGUCUGCUCCUACAUCGGCCUGGCUCUAUUGUCAGUCACCAUCUGCUUCAGGAUAUACAAAGGCAUCCUGCAGGCCAUCCAGAAGUCCGAUGAAGGACACCCAUUCAAGCAGUACCUGGACCAGGAGGUGGCACUGUCUGAGGACAUGGUCCACAAGUACAGCGACAUGGUUCUGGCCAAACUCAACAAGACCAUUGGUGAACUUAGGCGCCUGUUCCUGGUCGAAGACUUGGUCGACUCCAUCAAGUUUGCUGUGUUGAUGUGGAUCCUGACCUACGUUGGUGCCUUGUUCAAUGGGCUCACUCUGCUGAUUCUGGGUGUGAUUGGAGUGUUCAGCUGCCCAAUCGUCUAUGAGAAACACCAGGCUCAGAUCGACCACUACCUGGCUCUGGUCAACAACCAGAUCAAAGACAUUGUGGGAAAGAUCCAGGCUAAGGUGCCCGGGAUGAAGCGUAAGACGGAGUGAAUAAACCCCAAGUCGCAGUUUGGAUUCAGGAAGUCCUGAGAAGAAGAUGGCUCGAGGGAGGGUGGUGUUGUUUGGUUGAGGGCGGGGGAGGGUGGGAUGGAUCUGAAGGCAGGAGGAGGAAAGGGGUCUGGCGUGUACGCAGCCCUUUCAACUUUAUUUGUCAAAAAAAUAAAACACUUUUGUUCCAGUUCAGAAUUCCUUUUUUUCUUUGGAAGCAGGUUCACAAUGCCGAGGUCGGCUCCAUAUUUACAUCUCCCUCCUUUUUUUAUUUUUGAAUCAAGGUUUAAAAUGUUUGUGAGAUGUUAAAACUCUCAGAAACACAUUUGAAUCUUGAAUGAACCUUCUCUCUUCCCCGGGGCAUUGUGUGGGUUUUCGUGGUUUAAAUUUUUCUUUUUCUUUACUGCCUGCAGUCAAGCGAAGAGAUUCUUCAGAUGAGAGCAAGCAGCAGAUGGAACAACUUUUUUUUUUUUUUUUUUGUAUGAAUAUUCUGUGAUUUUACUGUUGUGUCCCUCGAGCUUUGAGCUCGUUUCCUCGGUGACCUGCUGAGUGGUUUCGCCUCGAUGUGACGAAUGACGGAUUAGUGAACGACGUCUUUGACUCCUGAUGAGGCAGUGGGGGUGGGGUGGGGGGUUACCAUCGAAAACUUCAUCGCUUCUGAGUAACGUUAGCUAGAAACAUCUAGAAGAUAUUUGCAGACAAACAACACAUUAACUACAUAAGAGUUAUUUCCAUGUCAUUGCAGUUGUGUAAUAAAGAAAACCCUUGAAGGAAAACGUUUACAUUCAUCACUUCAGAAAAAUAUUAAAAAGAAAAAAAAAACAUCCUGUCUGUGGAGCUGAUAUCUUAAUGAAGUUACAACUUGAUGUGACUUUGGGAAACUUCAAGCAUUUGUUUGUUAUGCAAGUAUAAUUGUGAAUGAUAAACUUCAUAUUUCAAUUGUGACGAUAAAAAGCUUCCAGCUGGGAGCCGUGUUUGUGGAAUGCAUUGUGAGAUGUAAACAAUUAUCAAUAAAGCUUCUAGACGAAGAAA